AUACUUGUAGGUAAAUUUGACUCUUGUAUUUGACCAAAUUGGCCUUUAUUUUUUUUUCUGGUCCAGUUUGUCCUUUAUUUUCAGUUGCACUUUCUCCGUCUCCGUCUCAGGCCACUUUAGAACUGAGUCCGCCGUCAUCCACUCCAAAUGCAGCCCCUAUUACUUGUCUCGGAGGAAUCUCAGUUUCUUCUUCGGUUACUGAACGGUAGUUUUCAAACCCUAGACAUCAUCAAAGACUGCAUUUUUCACGAUUUUGCUGAUUUAUUCUGCUCCAAAGCUAAUUUGGAUGUCAUAUACAUGAGACAAGAUAAUGUAGUGCAAAAUGUGAAUCGGGACGAGCAAGGAUCCAAAGAUUGGUCGUCUAAGGGGAACGAUUCGAAUCAGGAAGGGGAUUCGACAGUGGGUUUCAACAUGUUGGAUUCGAUGUUAAAGCGUAGUUUGGAUCGUCUGAAGAGUAUGAGGGAAAGAAUAUCGUCGACUGAAGCAGGCAUUAGUAACUGCACCGUGGAAAUAAAUUUCAAUAAAGAUGCAUAUGUUGUUAGAGCUAUGUGUCUAGAUGGUAAACUGGGAGCAGCUUUAUCACUUUGGUGGAACAUGAUACAGAAUAGUAUUGUUCCUGAUGUUAUCACACACAAUUAUCUCAUCAAUGGACUGUGCAAAAAGGGUGAGUUGGAGAAGGCAGAAUGGGUUGUUAGAGGUAUGUUAUAUAGGGGUCCUUCUCCCACCUGUGCUGCGUACAACUCUUUAAUAAGGGGUUAUUGCGUGAUGAAUGACGUUGAUAAAGCUCUAAACACCUUUUCUACUAUGGCCAACCAUGGAAUUUUACCAAACAGAGUAACUUGUAACAUCCUUGUUCAUGCGCUUUGUAAGAAGGGGUUGUUGGAGGAGGCGAAAAAUCUUUUCCAUAAAUUAUUAAGCAAAAAUCAUGAAGGGGGGAGCUCAGACUUAAUUACAUCAACCAUAAUGAUGGAUGGCUGCUUUAAAAAUGGAGAUACUGAUCAAGCUCUUGCUUUUUGGGAGAGGAUGUUAAAAGAGUGUACCCAAGUUGAUAAAGUUUCUUAUAAUGUUGUUAUCCAUGGAUUCUGUUUGAGCCAUGACGUGGGCACUGCAUAUAAGUAUUGUUGUGAAAUGUUAAAGCUUGGUUUCGUUCCAGAUGUUUUUUCUUACAACACUCUUGUUGGAGAACUCUGCAAACAAGGAAAGACCAAUGAUGCUUGUUAUGUCUACGAUGUUAUGACAAGAAUGGGUGUCAUCCCAGAUCAAAUCACGUACAAAAUUAUAAUACAGAGCCUAUGUAUUAACAAGGAGAUUGAUAGAGCCAAUUGUUUUCUUGAUUACAUUUUAGAGAAUUCCAUUAUACCUGAACCACUUGUUUGGAAUGUUAUAAUUGAUGGUUAUGGCAGAUGUGGAGAUAUACAAAAAGCUUCAUAUAUUAGAGAAAAAAUGGUUGCUUUUGGUGUUAUACCAAACAUAUAUACAUUUAAUGCAUUAAUUUAUGCACAGAUAAAGUCAGGUAAUUUUUCUGCAGCUCAGUCUUUGGAGAAGGAGAUGCUUUUAUAUGGUCUUACACCUGAUUCAGUCACUUACAAUCUGUUGAUUGGUGCUGCUUGUAAUCUUGGACUGCUUCUCUCAGCACUUCAGCUACAUGAUGAAAUGCUGAGAAAAGGUUGUCAGCCAGAUGUAAUUACUUACACGGAACUACUUAAGUUGUUUUGUGUACAAGGUAUGAUGAAAGAGGCAGACAAGCUUUUUGGCAAGUUACUGGCAUCUGGUUUAGCAGUUGAUCAUGUUCCCUUUCUGAUACUCAUGAAAAGAUACUGCAGAAUGAGAGAAUUUAAUAAAGUCUUUGACCUUUACCAAAAGUGGUUAAUGACAAUGCCUAGAUGAGAACAUGUUCCCAAGAAUUAUUGUGAAGUUAAGGGCAACUAUAAAAGUAUUUAUUCCAGAAGAGAAACCUACUUCAGGCUUUUGCGCAUGGUUGGCUUACAGAUUUUAGGUCCCGAAGCGUUGUCCUUGUAGCAGCAGCUGUCUCUGUCUCCUGGAGGGUUUGACAUGGGAGAACUUUCUGAUAACAGUCCACGAUUUUGAAGGCUUAGAUGCUUCAGUUUCACAUGUCGCAAACUUGUUAUCAACUGAACCUGCUACUCGGAAAUUUGCUUUGCCUAGGGAAAAUAUGGAAAUUGGAACCCUUAACUCGUCAACUUAAGCAUGUUACCAGUCUCAAAAAAAAAAAAAAAACUCGUCAACUUAAGGGCUAUUGCACGUCUAAGUGGUUGGCUUGCAAGUUGAAGAUUGUGCAGAUAUUUGUCUGAGUAGCUUUGUAGAGCUUUUGGAUAAUAAACAGAGAGAGGGGGAGAGGGAUGGAGGGAGGGAGAGACAUUAUGGAAAUUGAAGAGCAAAAUUGAAGGACCACACGAGGCUUCAAGAUGGGCCGUAUCUUUGCCAGUUCUACUAUGUCAUGAAAUGUGUAAGUAUUGGAAUUAUUGAUUUCAAACCAUUUUAAUUAUAUAUGGUAUCUAGACCUCCGCCUGUGUGAGCUCAUUUACAUUGCUGGUCCCAAGCCCAGAUAAAGGAGGAGGGUUGUCGACGGUCAAUCGGAAAUUGCCUCUCUACCCUAAGGCUGUGUACAUAUUACCCUCCCCAGACUCCACUUGUGGGAUUACACUGGGGUUUUUGUUGUUGUUGUUGUUGUUGUUAUGGUAUCUGAUCCUUGUUCAUUAUGUUUAGCUCUCAUUCAUGGCAUAACUUGAAUUCUCAAGGGUCUUAACCUCUGUUCUGCAAUACCUAAUCUCGUUUUCACUCAUUCAUACCAAGUAAGAGAUACCAAUAAUGAAGAAAGCUGCAGGUUAGACAAAUAACACUUUCCUUUUCAUGAGCUAAUAUUCAUUGUAUGGACAAUUGCUUAAAUUGCAUCAUAUAGUGUUCUUACUCUAUGAAGGAUAUAAAAACACUCUUAAACUGGAGUUAUUCGUCUUUAUAAAACCAGACUAGUAAAUUGGGCCUAUCCUAUUGAGACCAUUUGUCCUUUGUAUUCCUGGGGUAUUCUACUUAUUUGGAUAACUGGCAUCUCAAGUAGUCCUUGAACUCCUACGAACAAACCUUUGUUGAUGUUGAUCGAAGAAAAAAGGACUCUUGUUGCUUUCAGCUUGUAACACAAAACAAUUGUACAUCAUCUGAACUUUGAAUGUAUAUGCAAUUCUAUAUUUACCAGGUAUUGAUCAUUUAUAGGUGAUGAAGUUGUUCCUUAUAGAUAUGGAGAGAGGUCUACUCAUAUCCUGUGCACAGCUGGAUUUUGGAAUCUUGCAUUAAAAGCCUAUGACGGGCUAGAUCAUUACACAGUGCCACGGGAGAUGCACGAGGUCUGUAAUUGGUUAAGUGCAAGGCUUGGACUUGAGGGUUCCCGAUGAUGAACUCCACAAUGUUCAUCUUCAGAUUAGCCUCGGAAAAGAGCAUAGGAGAAGACGAUAAUGUAGGAGAAGAACACAGUUGCACUAAAAUGUUGAGCCGUAUAAUAUCUUUAUAAAACGAACGGGCAUUUAGUUCUCAUUUGUUACUGUCCCGUCGUCCAGGUCCUCCCCUUGUCCUUCAAAAAGAAGAAUCCUAUUAUGAAGUCAAUAUAUUUUUUUUUUUGCUACCAAGUUUCUAGUUUAGUGGUAAGGUUUGAAGUUGAUUUUUUGGCCAGUGGUAUGGACUUUAAGUCCAAGGAAUCAAUGUACUCUACAUGAAACUGUUGGUUUUGGUACUCGUGAAUCUUUGACAGAACAAAUCAAAUAAUGUAGGUUAUGUAAAGCAUCUAUAUCUUUAUGUCAUUAACAGCAAA